CCGAACCUCGCGCAGCCGGGAUCCUGCGACGCGGCGCGGGUGUCAGACCACUGCUUGUCGACCGACCGCGAAGGCUGCGUGUCCCGGGUCUCAUCCACAACAUGGCUUCCAGCCUGAAGUCAUCCAAGGAAUUGGUCGUUUUCUUAGGAAAAUCCAUGAUUGCUUUUCUGGAGUCUUUGAUUUUCACCAUCAUCCCCAAACCACGGAAGAAUGUUGCUGGUGAAAUCGUGCUCAUCACUGGAGCUGGGAGCGGACUGGGAAGGCUCUUGGCCCUCCGAUUUGCCCGCCUUGGAUCCGUGCUUGUUCUCUGGGAUAUCAACAAGGAGGGGAACGAGGAAACGUGCAGGAUGGUCCGGGAAACUGGAGCCACGAGAGUUUAUGCCUAUACUUGCGACUGCAGCCAACGGGAAAACAUAUACAGAGUGGCCGAGCAGGUUAAAAAAGAAGUUGGCGAUGUCUCCAUCCUAAUCAACAAUGCCGGAGUCGUGACAGGCAAAAAUUUCCUCGACUGCCCAGAUGAGUUGAUAGAAAAGGCUUUAGAUGUGAAUUUUAAAGCACAUUUAUGGACUUAUAAAUCCUUUCUUCCUGCUAUGAUCGCUAAUGAGCAUGGACAUUUGGUUUGCAUUUCAAGUUCAGCUGGAUUAGUUGGAGUAAAUAAACUGGCAGAUUACUGUGCAAGUAAAUUUGCAGCCUUUGGAUUUGCUGAAUCUGUAUUUAUGGAAACAAUAGUCCAGAAACUAAAGGGGAUCAAAACCACUAUUGUGUGCCCAUUUUUUAUAAAAACUGGAAUGUUUGAAGGUUGUUCUACUGCCCGUCCUUUCCUGUUACCCCUUCUGGAACCAGAGUAUGUAGCUGACAAGAUAGUAGAUGGCAUCCUGACAGACAAAGUAUACUUAAAUGUGCCAAAGUUUAUAUCCUUCGUGUUGUUCUUAAAAAGUAUCUUGCCUGUCAAGAUGGCAGUGCUUACGGCUGACUAUAUGGGCGCUUUUAAUGUGAUGGACAGCUUUGUUGGCAAGAACAAGAAAAACUAAAGACCAACUCAAUGGCUGAUACCCGGCAUUCCAUAAUCCUGUUUCAAGAGAAGCAUUUUUGUCCAACAGUGUAUCUGGAAACUACAAGUACCAUUCUUUCUCUGCUCUCUGGACUAUUUUCAACCAAUACCUUUGAAAAUAAUGUUCCUAUCUGCUUUCUGGUUGUUGUUGUUGUUGUUGUUUUAGUUAAAAAAAGGAAGAGCCUAUUUUUGUCAUUUCUGCUUGCAACUGAUUUGUUAAGAAAAUGAAUCCUGUCUCUCAUGAACUGCCCUUCACUUUGGUCAUUGGGGAUGAGGCCCAAGCAGAAGAGGUGGCUUUGCUUAAACCUGCAGCAGGGUACAGUGAGGAGUGAAGAGAGUGGAUGAGUACUUUGCUUGAAUGCCCUCUAAACAGAGGACACAGAGUUCAGGGUUCCCUGUCACCUUGAGUCCCGUGUCCUUCUUUCCAAAGCCAGCCAUACAAAUGCUUUAUUCUACAUGUCCCAGGUACUCAGACUACAUACCAGUCCCACUCAGGGUAUUUCAGGGGCCACUGUGUCCUGCACAUUCCCUGAAUGAACUUAGUAGACAGUGAUUUUCGACCAAAUUCUGUGUAGGAGCAUUUUUUUUUUCCCUAGAAGAGAUUAAAGAAUGGUUGCUUCUUAUUCGGAAAAUGACGUUCCACUGAGUUAGAUGAACUGCUGCCUAGUGGACUGGAAAACAUAUUCAUGUGAUUAAUUUCAAAUGUUUAAUUUAGUAUUUCAGAGUGGGAAUCGUGUUAUAUUUUUCCACAGAAUGGACAGGUCUAUGAAUUGGCAUUCAUCUGUGAUGCCUUCAUUUCAGAUCUAUUGUAUGCUUACAGUUUAAUGAACUGGCCAACUGGAGAUUGGAGAUUAACUAUAAAAGGAAGAUUAAGAAAAAUAUGUUAAUUACCAUAUCCCUGAAACUCCUCCCCAGGCUGGGAGGGGCAUCUGCCUUGCGAGAAAAACAGGAGCCUUUGUCUCUCACCUUCUUUUGUUUGGGGAGCAGAAAACGAUGAGAAGUACCUCAGAAGACUCUGUGAGAGUCAAAAGAAACAAGUCAUGAAUAUCUUGGGGGUAAGAUGCUCUUAGAAAGGCAGUGGCCUCAGGGAAUGUAGAAUCUGGAAUCCACUGUGGACUGAUUUAUCUUGAGCUGCCUGAGUGAUUCUGACAACUCUGCCCCUAUAUUUCUUGUCUGUGCAGAAAGCCUCCAAAAAGCGGGGGGGACAACAACUUGUUUUAUAAUUAUAAACGUAAUAGCUGAGGUUUUAUUGUGCCUGGCACAAAUCUAUGCCCCUUACACAUAUUAGUUCUCUAAACAAGCAUAUCACACCAUUACUCGAAGAAUAAUAAAGGUAUUUGGUGUAUGCUGAAGAAUAAAAGGCAUUUUAUUUCACAAAAGUGACAUCCUACUCAACUGCAGACGUGUACCAAGCAGCUCAAAAGGCCCUCUUAGCCUAACCAGCUAAUGUUCCAAAUCCUCGGUUAACAAGGUUAAUUAAGAGAGAGGCACAAUAUUGCUCCCCUAUUACAAUUCCAAAAGCGUACAUUCCAGGGGCCUGUCUAUUUAGCUGAAGAAUAAAGAAGAGACUCGAGGGAUUUCCAAGAACAAAGGUCUGGGGCACAGUGGGCAGCCACCACGUCGUCACAACAUUAACAGCAAUUUUUUCUAAUUGGAGUGCAUCUUGGCUGAACUGCUACAAAGGCCUGAAAUUCAAUUGUGGUUUUACAGUACCCAUGAAAUUGUCUAAACAAAUUUGGAUUUACUUGAAGAGCUUCUAUGAGAAGAGACCACAUGUAAAUUACAGCGUUCUAGAGGGUAAUCUACAACAAGGUGACUUCAUCCAAGGGGAGCAAGUGCUCUCCGCAUUGGUUUCCCAGCAGUUUCCACUUGAAGUUUUGCCCUAAUGAAGCCAUGAUCAAGAGCCUGAUGCCUAAGCAAGUCUUGAGACAUGGAAGCCUCAAAGAUCAUCCAGAAUGACAUGAUUUGGCAUCAGGAGUCAGCUGCUGCUCAAGAACUGAGAAGAAUUCUUGACAUUAGAAGGAGCUUGGCUGGAUACAAAUGUGCAACCAUGCCCUUGUUCUGUUCCUUUGGGUUUUACACUGUGAUGCAGUAUUAGACCACAACAAAGUACUGCGGGCUGGGGAGCUGAGACAACAACAAGUUAUUGCCUUACAGCUUUGGAGCCUGGAAGUCCAAAAUCAAGGUGUCAGGUGAUUUGUUUCUGUGAGAACUCUCCCCCUGGCUUGCGGAGAACAUCCUUCUGUGUCCUCACACAGCCCUUCGUUUGUGUGUGGGUGCAGAGAGGGAGAUCUCCCUCUUCCUCUUCCUGUAAGGCCGCUAAUCCCAUCAUGAGGGCCCCACUCCCAUGACCGGAUCUAUCCUUAAUUAUCUCCCGAAGCCUCAUCUCCAAACACCACCACACUGCGGGUUUAGGGCUUCACUAUAUGAAUUUGGGGAGAUAUAAACAGUCCAUGAUAGAAAAGGAAAUCCAGGCUAUACAUGAUCUUUACACUCCUCAGUGUUCUAAGACUGAGGUAGUCAUGAUUUGUCAAAUGAAGUCAUUUAGAAUCUUAGAGGUAGAGUGACUCAGAUGUUUGGAAAUAAACAAAAACAAAAAACCCAAAUAGCAACCUCCAAGAGUUAGCACUUGAGAGAAACAUGACCAAGAAUUUGGGCCAGCAAACAAGAGCUGACAUGAGGCAAAAUGUCCCAUGCAGAACUAUUUCGUGAAGAGCUCUUACGGCGGUCUGCACCUUCAUUUCUGGGAUAGUGGCCUGUUUGGGAUUUAUUCAAACAUCCCAGCUCACUUCCCUCCCAAGCUACUGAACAGUUUCCUUCUGCUAUGAACAUGCCACAGCUGAGCCACUGAGAUUGCCAUUCGUGGCCUGGAUUCCUUUUUUUUUUUUUUUUUUUUCCCUCAUAAGUUUGCUAUCAACUUGGAGACCAAACCAGUAACAAGUGCACCAGUCACUGGUGCUCAGCCCUUGGGGAGUCUGCUUCUAAGAUGGUAAUGUGAGUGUCCUUGCACCUGGAACCCCUUCCUCUGGACCAGUACUAAGUAAAGCAGUGAUGGCAGAGGUAAGGUCCCUCAGCUCCGUGUCCUCAGUUCCUGCUGCAGGGCUUGAGCUUCAUUGGUUGGCCUCACAUUGUCUUCCUCCUAGCAGUUUCCAAAGGCUAGCCUUGAUCUCCCAUGGGGCCUCAACUCAGAGCCAGGCAGAUGUUUCCCCCUUCGCUCCUUCUCUUCCCCCUGGUGGCCUUUCUGUGCUUCCUUCUUCUCAAGUCCACCACAACCCAUCCCAUCGCCCACUCUUUCCCAAGGGUAACUUCUCUUGCCUCACCAAGAAAAUGGAAGUUGAUAAGGACAAACUCCUUCAGCAACCCAAACUGAUAUCUUCACAGGCACUUCCUUCUGACUUCACCUCCCUGCUCUGGUUGACCCUGUGGCUUGCACUUUCCUUCCAGUACUUUCCAGGGCUUUUCCCCCACACCUCAGUAUCUCCACCUCCAAGCUGUUCCCUGCAUCCUGUCAGUGUACUAAACACUGUGUGAAGCUGAAAACUAGCAAAAAUAAAUUAACUUUACAAAAACCUCCAUCCCACUCCAUCCCAGCAAAUCUCUCUUCAUUGGUAACAUCAUCUAAAAUACAGCCUAGAGGAAUUUGUCCAUCUCCUCUCCUCACAUUGGUUCCUAAGCCACCCUGCUUCCACCUCCAAUGGGUCACAGCGAUUUCUCUGAAAAACGGGGAUUUCACUCCACAUCUUAUUUACUUCUUAGGACUGAUAUUAACCUCUCUGCCCUUGUUCUUGGUAUCAUCUGCCUACGGGCCUGUUCUGCUGUCCCCUCCUCAAAUUAUUAAUGUUUGUCAGGUUUUUGUCCUUGGAUUCCUCAAUGUGUAGAUCAUGCCCCACCCCGAGGACUUCUAACCAUGUCCACUGUUCCUCCUUCUGGGCUCUGUCCAUUAUUAUCAGCAAGAUGGCCACCAUCAUGGCUGCUUUCCAGGCAGCAGAUGUAGGAAGGGACAAAGACUAAAGAAAUAAAGGCAUCAAUUUGUCUUUUAAGAAUAUUUCUAAAAGCAGCCACACAACAUUCUUCAAACAUUUGGGCCAGCUGCUAGUGAGACUGGGGAUUGUAGUUUUUCCUACAGUAGCCAUGACUCCAUCUAAUAACUAGAAGAGUGGGAAAAAGGGCAUUCAAUUCAUCUUGGUCACAGACUCUCCCAAGUCACAGCUGGGGAUUCAAAUAAGUUUAGCUAUGCAACUUGGGUCAAGUGAGGUGAACUUUCUGAAACCCUUUUCCCAUUCUGCCAAUGACUGUAAUUCCUCAUAUGAUUGUUGUAGGGAUUGAGGUGACAAUUAUAAAAUGCCUAAUGUAAGGUUGGUUAUAUACUCAAUAAACACCUGUCUCUACUUAUGUCCCCUAACUAAA